AUGGACUGGUGCUAUUCGAAAUUGCGAGAAAAAGAUUGUUCAGUGCGACACAUUCUAGUCUUAAUUGGGUCGCUUCUCAUAUGUUUCUGUGUAGAUGGUUGUGCCUACAAUAUUGGUAUUCUCAUCUCCUAUUGGUCAUCUUACUUCAACAGGGACAACUUUAUCCUCUCCUGGGUUGGAUGCAUGCAGAUGUUUUUCUACUACUCUUUAGGUCCUGUCACCGGUUUUCUCAUUAACAAAUUCGGUCUUACACCUGUUGCCAUCGCAGGAGGAAUCUUAUCAGCCAUUGGGCACUUUGUCUCUGGAAUGUGUGGAAAUCUCGUUGUGUUAUUUGUCUUCUUUGGAGUUAUUACUGGUGCUGGUUAUGGUCUACUUUAUUUGACUGCCAUAAUCGCAGUCACAACCAGUUUCGAUGAUCUAAGACCCAUAGCGAUAGGCAUAAUGACUUGCGGAUCAGGGUUAGGCGCAUCUGUGCAUAGUCUGAUCUACCCUCUUAUUGAGAAAGACGUUACAUGGAAAGGGUUAUGUAUAUCAACCGCUGGUUUGUUGCUUCAAGCCUGUAUUUUCGGCUGCCUUAUUGGAUUAACGCUACCUAUAAAACCUCUCCAGCCACCUCAAAGGCUUGGUCGCUUAAUAUCAAGUACAAGUACGAAUAUCUUCAUUGAAGAUCGUAAACUCGGAAUACUUGGCUCGGGAUACUUUGGCUAUCAAAAUGAACCAGGACCAAGUCAUAAAGUCCCAAAGAGUUCGGCAGAUAUUAGAUAUUCUUUAAACACGCCAAAACUUCAGCAUGUUCUCGGUAGCCUAGGUUCGUUCACCUACCUUGUCGAGGUUGAAAAGAUAGCCAAGGAUUACUCGUUAUUUGGCAAAGGGCUUCCUCUUUACAAGAACAAGUCCUUCAUAAUCUUCUUGGCCGCUGUAUUUCUACAAUCAUUGGGAUCUUACUCUCCUAUCAUCCUCUUCUUUGACAUGCUAAUUAGCGAGGGAUUCGAAUACAAUACGGCCUCUAGGACUACCGCGCUGAUUGGUACAUUCAGUGCCAUUGCUAGGCUUCUUUUUGGUAUCUUGGCCACUUUCCGAUGGGUGAAUAAGAGAUAUCUUCUAAUCGGGAUUCUGGUAACUGGUGGAAUGAUGAAUGGUACUAUUUACGUGUUUCGCAAUACCGUAUUUCUUAACUUUUAUGCCAGUUUCAUUGGGCUUUUACAAGGAGGAAUGACAGUUAUACACCCCUUGGUGUUAGCCGACCUGGUUCAACGAGAGCGCUUGCCAGAAGCGAUGGGUUGGGAGAUUAUGUGUCUUGGUUUAGGAUUAUGCUUUAGCACACCCCUGGCUGCUUUUGUGAGUAUGAAGUUGGGAGAUUUCCCCAUGAGUUAUGUUGUUUCAGGAGUACUGAUGCUUGGUGGAGGAUUGUUGGUUUUUGCCACUUUCUGCACGCAUAGAGAAAUUAGCGAAGCGGCUAUGAAGAAACUACGUAGACGCCUGCAAACUGGUUAA